AUGUACAUUUUCCUCCUCUUAGAAAUUAUUUUCGGCAACAGAAAGACUACUCUAGCUAGCGGGGCCGGGCCCAGCCGGGCCGGCCCCAACAAAAAAUCUACAAUUGGUUCUUCGAGCACUCAACAUCUCGACAAGAACAUAGACAACCAGGAGUUAUCUGCAGCAAGCGCCAACAGUCCGCGUUCAAUCGCUCACAACAUAAGUAUCAAUGUGACAGAUAUCGAUUCGCCUGCGGGUGUUCGUCGUCGAAUUCACUUACGGUCCCUCAGUGAUGUAACACCAGCGGGCCGAUCACCUGGCGCCCGUCCGCGCUCCCACUCGGAACGACCUCACGUUUCUCCUGGACCCUCUCCCGCCGUUUCUCUCGCUCCUUCUCCGUCGCCUCGUAUUCCCCCACCGUCUCCACAUCUAGUGACAGCUCUAUAUCCACGUGUCGUUCGUAGUGAAAGAUCGUCACCGGAUGCAUCCUUGCACGCUCUCGUCGAUGAUCCUCGCCCUAAAACUAAUGCUUUAACCGUCGUCAACGAUCCAUGGAGAAAGAUGAGCGAAGUGGACUUGAAAAGUGCGGCCCGGCGCAGACGCCCGACGACGCGCGCUUCGCUCGAAUCGAGCAGCACCGUGGACCCGUGGGUACGGAACCCGGCAUCACGGACGGGUUCUCGUGACGAGUUGCGGGCCCGGCGCGGCAAACUGGAACGUUCGGCCGCGGUGGCGUGUGAAUCGUGUGGCAGUGGUGCUUGCGAGUGGUGGGCGGCGCGUGCGGCAGGAGACUGUACAUGCGCAAGUCUGUCGCCCGCACGCUUAGCGCCACGACCGCCCCCGCCGAGGGCGCUCUCGGACGACGAGAGCCGCCCACGACGACUCUUCAAGUCAGCCUCUCAAAAGAUAAUCUGCUCGUCUCUCGAGAGGGACACCACCGCCCCCAUUGCUGAUCCUUUGCUCGAGACCACGUGUUGA